AUGGAAGAAGAUAAUGAUAAAUUUCCACCCAGGGACUACCAAGAGGCCUUAAGAGAAAUAGCUAUCGAGAAAAACAGCAUAAUUUAUUUACCAACAGGAACUGGCAAGACUUUCAUUGCAGUGCUAGUUCUCAAACACCUGCAACACUGCCGCAUAAAAUAUACCGAAGGGGGCUCAAUUUCUUUUGUAGUAGUCAACACAAUUGCUUUAGUAGAUCAACAUGCAAAAUGCAUCAAAGAUAGAACAACAUUGGAGGUCAAAACUUAUUCCGGAGAUAUGGCUUUAGAUUUUUGGCCCAAAGACAAAUGGCUGGACGAACUUGAUAGCGGUCAGGUAUUUGUAAUGACAAUACAAAUUCUGGUCAACCUGACCAAUCAGGGGUUUUUAGACUUGAAUAAAGUAAACCUGAUUGUGUUUGACGAAUGUCAUCGUGGGGUAAGUGAUCAGCCAAUGAGACAAUUGUGCAAAUCUUUGGGAACAAUUCCGAAUCAGCCAAGGAUUCUGGGACUGACAGCAACUUUGCUUAAUGGCAAUUGUAAGCCAGACAAAGUUCUUGUCGAAGUUGAGAAGUUGGAGAUCACAUACCACAGUCAGGUUGCCACUGUUGAUGGGCUAGAAAAAGUUACUGGCUUUUCAACAAAUCCUGAAGAAAUUUUAAUAGUUUUUAAUCAACACAUACCAAGCCGUUUAGAAAAUUUUGCAAUAAAGAGACUAAGCGAUAUGUCAAACCUCUUUCAAAGUGCAGUAUAUAAUACAUCAUGUCUCCCUUUAAUGCCUCAAGCUGAUCUCAAACCUAUACUGAAAGAGGAAGGUUUUAAAAAAAUCGUUAAUACAAUAUCGGAUGUUAUAAUUCACGUUCAAACCAUGGGAAUAUAUGGCGGUUAUAAGUCUAUUCGGGCUCAUAUAAUUCAAAUUGAACGAAUAAGGAAACAUUGCGACAAUGCAACAUUAUAUGACGGAUUAAACUAUUUUCAAACAGUUUUAACUUCUUUAUAUAGAAUGUUUGAUAGGGCUAUGAGCAGUUAUACGGAAGAAGAGAAAAUUUUUACAUUUUCUUCUGAAAAGGUUAAAGAACUAAUUAAAAUUUUUGAAACCUAUCCAAUGAGGUCCAAAGAAGAACUUUGCGCUAUAGUAUUUACGAAACGCAGAUUUACGGCUAAAGUUAUCUACUACAUACUUGAUAGCCUUAGUAAAGCCUCUGAAAAAUUCUCCCAUAUCAAAGCAAAUUUUAUGGUCGGUUACAAUGCAAACCCUUUCAAUGACACCAGGGAAGUGUUGUACAAUUCAAAAAAAAAUAAAGAAGUCCUACAGUCAUUCGACAACAAAGAAAUCAACGUUAUGUGCUCAUCUAAUGUGCUAGAAGAAGGUGUCGAUAUAACCACUUGUUCUUUGGUGAUUAGAUUCGACCAUCCCGAAGAGUAUCGGUCUUAUAUUCAAUCAAAAGGCCGCGCCAGGAAUAGGUCCAGCUUGUUUUACAUGUUGGUGGAAAAGUCCCACCAUGAAAAGUUCCGCAUUAGAUAUAUGGAUUUCCAGAUGAUUGAAAAUAAUCUCAAUCAGUUACUAGUGGGUAAAAAUAUGCAUAGAAAAGAACCGUCUCAGUAUGCAAUAGAACGAAUGUACAAUGAAGACGAGUUUCCACCCUAUUACGCCAAAGGACCGAAUUCGGCGAAAGUGGAUAUGAUUUCGGCUAUUUCGUUGCUGUGUCAAUAUUGCAGCAGUCUGCCGUGCGACAAAUACACCAGUUUGGCGCCCGCAUUGUAUUACAAACGAAAAAAAGUUGGGUUAGACCAGUUGAUCAGUGUCACCAUUGUCUUGCCUACUAUUUCGCUCCUGAGAGAUCCAAUUGUCGGACCAUUUGUGGCAAGUCUAAAGUCUGCGAAACGUGCAGCGGCUUUAAAAGCGUGCGAACUUUUGCAUAAGGUGGGAGAAUUGGACGAUCAUUUAUUGCCGCAAAAACGCAGAAUUGCUGAUCAGGAUGUUAACUUUUUAUUUAAACAUUAUCCUGAAGUGAAAGAGGAUAUGGCUGGGACGAAUAGAAACAAACGGAAUCAUAAGAAGGAGAUUCCAGCAUGUGUCAAAGGCCCUUUAACGGCAAACACACCAGUUUGGUUGCAUAUAAUUGAUCUACAGCCUGUGUUUGAACGACGAGAAGAAGUCAAUUAUGCAACGUUUUACGAUAUUUACACAUCAAAUCUGUGUUACGGUUUCAUUACACCAAAUCCAGUGCCAUCUGUGUGCGAUUUUCCAAUUUAUAUCAGCAUGGGGACCAUCAAUGUGUCCCUGAAAAGAAACGUUUCGUCAUUUUCACUUACAAAACAGGAUAUUUUAGACAUAAAAGAGUUCAAUUACACCAUCUACAAGGAAAUCUUGUCUGGAUUGCAAACAUUUUUGAUUUCCGACGAUGGAAACAAUGCGGAAAGCAUUCUGGUAGUUCCACUCAAUAAAGCGUCAAAAACAAUUGAUUUUGAUGUGUUGAGAGAAAAAAAUAAUGUCGUUAUACAUUCAAAGCAGCUGACCAGCGAGGAACGGUUACAUUUGAAUGUUACACAGGAAGGCUAUUUGGGGAAAGUUGUUACUCCUUGGUAUAGGGAUAUUGGGAGUUAUUUAGUUACCGAAGUGUCCUUGAACAAAAGCGCAAAAAGCGAAUUUCCCAAUGAACAAUAUGCUACUUACGAAGAGUACUACAAGGACAAGCACAACGUUGGAAUUUUGAAUCCCAACCAGCCACUUUUGUACGUGAAACGUUUGAGCAAACGUAUCAAUUUCACAAAGCCCUUUGGCGUUCAGAAUAAACGUAAAAGGGAAAAGAUUUAUGAAGAGUUAGAUAUUUAUUUGAUUCCUGAAUUGGUGGUGAAACACGAUUUUCACGCGACGCUUUGGAUUCAAGCUCAUUUAUUGCCUACACUCAUUUCCAGAUACUCUUACUUGUUCCGCCUCGAAGAAUUUCGUUUAAAAAUGGUAAGAGAAAUGAAAAUAGGCGACGAUCAGCAAGAUUUAAAGCAACCUCUAGAACUAGACGAAUAUUUACUGGACUAUGAGGCGCAUAUAGAAACACCACAAACUACUGUUAAUGUAUUGGUUUCUGAGCCCAAAGAAAAUAUAAUCGUGCCAUCAUUGACACAGAUAAAUGUUAACAAGGAUCACAUGAAAAAAAUGUUAGACAGAGAAUACCCUUGGAAAUCCUCAGAAGAGCCCAAAGACAUUGAGAGAGAUUUAAAUGUAACUUUAUUCGACAUUGAUUAUUACGAGUUGUUUAUGUGCAAAAAAGUCGGCCCGUCAGAUAUGAUCCUAAAAAACUCUAUGACAAAUAAUCAAAGAGAACAUUUGGCGUUAACUUACUUCAAAGAUUACCAAGAAAAACGCAUCGAGUUGAUCAAGGAGAAGGACCUACGAGUCGGACCAGAGCUAUGUCUUAUCUAUAAAGCGAUGACCACAGCUGAAGCCAACGAUGUGGUCAAUAUGGAGCGUUUGGAGACGUUAGGAGACUCAUUUUUGAAACUAUUUAGUUCACUCUACAUAUUUAUGAGGUUUCCUCAAUUCACGGAAGGUCUCGCAACAAGCUUGAAGGGUCGCCUAGUGAGCAACAAAAAUCUCUACUAUCUAGCCACGCGAAAGAAUAUUGGUGGUAUCAUGAAAGUGAACGAUUUCCAAAAAAACGACUGGCUGAGUCCCGGUUUUAAAGUGCCCGAUAUAUUGGAGAGUAGGAUAGAGAAGAAGGAAACCUCGUUGGCUUCCCUCUUUCAACUUUCCAUACCGCGCGAAGAACAAAUUUCUGGAAAAUUAUCUAAGGCAACUAUUAAUACGAUGAUGGAAGUCCAAUCUGAGGAAGAUCUUAGUGAGGAAGGCUUAAUACAGCUGGUCGCACCCUCUUUCAAGUGCAAUUAUAUUGGAGAUAAGAAAAUCGCAGAUUGCGUCGAAGCUUUGUUGGGAGCCUAUUUCAAAACCUGUGGUAUAAUGGGCGGAAUUAAAUUUCUUGAAUGGAUGGGCAUAAUUCCAGAAUCUGAAAAUUUACUUCAAAUGCUUAGAGCAGAGCCUCCAAAUCCAAUCCUCAAUGAUGCAAGCUCCAUAAAAGAUAUAAAUUAUCAUAUUCCUGAUUGGCAAAUAAUUGAAAACGAAAUUUUGGGAUAUCAUUUCAAAAACAGGGGCUACUUGUUGCAAGCUCUAACCCAUUCCUCAUACUCUGCCAAUAGAGUCACACAAUCUUAUGAAAAGUUAGAAUUUGUAGGAGAUGCCAUUUUGGACUUUUUAAUCACCUGUCACAUUUUUGAAUCGUGUGGGAAUUUAAGUCCAGGGGAAUUAACCGACUUACGUUCGGCUCUAGUAAAUAAUAUUACUUUUGCCAAUUUAGUUGUCAGAUAUAAUUUGCAUAAAUAUCUAUUGAUGAUCAAUAUAAAACUUCAAAGUAUGAUUGAUCGUUUUGCUGGAUAUCUGGAUUCAAAGCAGUUGAAAAUGGAUGAAGAUGUGUUGAUUUUGUUGGAGGAGGAUGAGGCUGGUAUGAAAUUGGCGGAGUAUGUUGAUGUACCUAAAGUUCUGGGUGACGUUUUUGAAGCCCUAGCUGGGGCAAUUUAUCUGGAUUCCGGCAAGGAUUUGGAAGUCACAUGGAAAGUGUUCCACAGGCUAAUGUGGAAAGAAAUUGAAACUUUCAGCUCAAACGUGCCAAUAAAUUUGGUCAGGAAACUGUACGAGUGGCGCCCAGACCCGCAUCCAAAUUUUGGACUUCCUGUUGAGGCCAGUUCUAGCAAAGUAGUGGUCCCACUCCAGUUUAUGUUGGACGGUAGAAAGCAACUAGUGUAUGGAUUUGGAUCAAACAAAUUGAUGGCCAAAAAAGCUGCUGCAAAAUUGGCUUUGCGGCAACUACAAAGCUGA